AUACAAUAAAAUGACAUAUAAUUUUUUAAAAAUAUAAUAUUAUUUCACUAAUGCCAUAUCAACAUCACAUAAAACCACAAACCAAUAAUAUGAUGACACAUAUUACUUUCUAAAGUUAAGAAUAUUAACAACAAAAUCAAACCCAUAAAAAAAUAAUCAAUGCUCAGCCCAGUCCCGCCGAAGAACUCUCGACUACAUUUCUUCUUUGGGAUUCUUCUGGGUUUUCGGUGGAAGCUUUGAUGGGAAGGAAAUGAGUUUUGAUUUAGAGGUGGGUUGGGGGGGAGAGGCAGCCAUUAGAGAGAGAGGGAGAGAAAAAGGUUUAUGAAGAAAGGUGUUUUUUUUUGUGAGAAGUAGGAAAGUGAAAAUGAGUUUAUAUUUGUCCAAAUAUCUUAAUUAUGAGUUUUUACUUGAACAAGAGUGCCAAGAUCUGAUGGCAUGGAACCCAUUGUUCAACAAGUUAAAGCUUCUCUCCGCCUGUAGCAUCCUGGAAAUUGGGUUGUUAUUGCCCAACAGCUAAUCUGUUAAACAUUAAUAAUGCCAGUUGUCCUAGUCUAUAGUUAAUGUCUUAGUCUUUAGAAAUUAGUUAUUCAUGCACUCACUUUCCUAGUUGUUAGAUAGCAGUUCUGAUUUUUCUCUUUUAGUUGCUAACUUUUAGCUAUCAUCCGUUAUAUGUACUGCCUAUUUAUAAGCUUUUUUGUUGAAUUAAGUCUAAGUUAAUUUCCAUUUCCUCUUAUCUCUUCUACUUCACUUAAAACUCUGCUAUUCUUUACUUUUUGUAAUAGUGGUAUCAGAGACAGGUUCACUUGAAAAAGAAAAGGGUAGUUUCUGCUUAGUAGCAAUGGCCUCUGAAAAUUUUGUACAACCAACGAUUCCACGCUUUGAUGGUCAUUAUGAUCAUUGGGGAAUGUUAAUGGAGAAUUUCCUAAAAUCAAAAGAAUAUUGGCAAGUUGUCUCGGAUGGAGUACCAGAAUUAACAGCAGCAAUGACAGACGUACAAAAGACAGAAAUCAAAGGAAUAAAAUUGAAGGAUCUGAAGGCCAAAAAUUACUUGUUUCAGGCUAUUGAUCGUUCAAUAUUGGAGACCAUUCUUUGCAAAGAUACCUCCAAGCAGAUUUGGGAUUCAAUGAAGAAAAAGUAUGAAGGCUCAGCAAAAGCAAGGAGACAGCAGCUUCAAACACUCCGUACAGAGUUUGAAAACCUUAAGAUGAAGUCUGAAUAUUGAUGAACUCUCACUUGAUGAGCUGCAAAGUUCUUUACUGGUGCAUGAACAAAAGAUCAAGCAAUAAGAUAACGAGGAGCAAGCUUUGAAAGCUUCAACAAAAAAUCACUCGAUGUUUAAAGGAGGUAAAGGCAGAGGUAAAGAGAAGGGAAGCAACGAUCAAUAGAACCAGCAACAACAAUGAGAAAGUCAAUCUCAAGGAAGAGGAAGAGGAUGAGGACGAGGAGGCCAUAACUCAGCAACUCAUCGACCAAAGUCAGUAGACAAGUCAAAUGUUGAAUGUUAUAGGUGUCAUAGAUAUGGUUAUUAUCAGUCAGAAUAUCGAACUAAUUUAAAUAAGCAAAAUAUAGAAGAAUCAACUAAUUUUGCAGAACAAGAGGAAGAGGUAUCUCUUUUGAUGGUGUGUCAUAUGAAUGAAGAAACACAACAAAACUUGUGGUACUUAGACACUGGCUACAGUAACCACAUGUGUGGAGAUAAUGGAGUUUUUUCGAGCUAGACAAAUCCUUUCGCAACACUGUCAAGUUCGGUAACAACUCCACGAUAUUUGUCAUAGGAAAAGGAAAAAUCGCUCUUCAUACUAAAAGAGAUAUUAUCCAUACUAUUUCCAAUGUUCUCUUCGUUCAGGAUUUAAAGAUUUACUUAGUGUGAGUCAGUUGCAAGAGAAGGGGUACGAAAUCUUCAUUAGAAAUGGAGUAUGCAGAAUUCAAGAUGAGAAAUUGGGCUUGAUCGCUCAGGUGAACAUGACAUCAAACUGGAUGUUUCGGCUUUAUCUCAAAAGCCUCACUCAUUCAUGUUUUUUUAGCAAAAGUGAAGGAUGAGGUUUGGUUAUGGCAUUUUCGCUAUGGGCAUCUCAAUUUUAGUGGGCUCAAAACGUUGCAGCAGAAAAAUAUGGUGACGGGUUUACCACAAAUUAAAAGCCCCUCUCAAAUUUGUGAAGAAUGUGUGGUUGGGAAACAAUACAGACAUAAUUUUCCUUAAUUUUGAUAUUGUUCAUGAAAU